AACGUCCGCAUCCGAAUAUUUCCAUUAGUGAUGUAAACAAAUAUGGCGACUUACUUAAAAUAUCUUUCUAAUUUUCGAAGUUGUAUGACAAUACUUAAAUUUAAACGGGCUUUGAAAACAGAAAGUCGCCAAUUUACCCUGAUUUCAAAGCAAUUAUCGAGACAGAAGCUCAGGGUCCCUACAUUUCUUGGUGGCACCUGGGCCUUUCUUGGUCUGUUUAGCGUGGACAAAAAUGUGUCUGAAGACAGCCAGGUCAGAAAAGUGGUCUCCAGAGGCAUCGUGGCUCGACAGAAUGGGAAAAUAGAUGAGGCAAGUCAGGCUUUCCACGAGGCUCUACAGAAGUCGACAGACUUCAAGAACGAGAAGAGAAUUUCCGAUAACAUGCACCUGAACCACCGGGUGUUCAUUUACGACCAGAUAGCUGAUAUGAUGCUGGAUAUUGGUGAUUAUAAGAAUGCAGAGCUCGUCUUUAAAGAUACCAUGAAACUGGCCUUGCAGUUAGGAAUGGCAGAGGACGACAAUGCUAUGAUAGAAAUGUCUCUGAAGCUGGCAACCAUUUAUUUGUACACUGGGCGAAUGGAUAUUGGCGUGGUAGGUAUUCGUCAUUGUAUCGCUGAACAGGAAAAGAAGCUGGGAGCCAAAAAUGAGGAAAAGGAAGUGGAUAAGAAUGUAGCUAAAGAUACAAAAGCAGCACUUGAAGAGGAACAGAACACCAAGGUGUUGUUGGGGAAAGCAUACAGGCAUUAUGGCAACUAUCACAUGCAAUUACGGGAAUUUAAAGAGGGCAAAGAAAUGAUGGCCAAAGCAUUGAAGGUCAGUCAAGAUGUAUUGGGAGAGAAUGAUGACACUUCAUUUGUGAUAAUGAACGACAUGGCGACAUGUGAAAUACUGUUAGAGAACUAUAAAGAUGCUGAAAACUUGCUGAAGGAAGCUGUCGUGAAUAGCGGUCGAGUGAAAAGUUCUGUCCAGUCUGCUCUGUUGUCAAAUCUAGGGGCGUUGUAUAUAAGAACAAGCCGUUACGAAGAGGCUGAACAUGCUUGCCAGAGGGGACUUACAGUGGCGGAGAAAGCUAAUGACAGAAUGUUGAUGUUGCCUUGUAAAGCUUGUUUAAUGAAGCUUCAGAGUCUGAAGAAGAAAGUUGAAAAUGACAAAGAAGAUGAUGAUGAAGACUGAUGCGAAAGGAAUUCAAUUUUUUAUCAUUUUAUUCAUGGCUAUAAUAAGCCGUUAGUACUUCAGUCCAUUUGAAAAUACUAGAAAUGCUGCUUUGCAGAUAAUUGCUCAGACUAUCAGCGCUCACUCGGUCAUAUAAUGAGAAAUGACUGGUUUAAUACUGAUGUUCAUAUUUAUUCGUUGCCUUUCAAUGUUUCAUCGUAAACCGUAAAAACUCGAUACUCGACCAAGCUGGCUGAAAUUCUAUUCAUUUGAACAUUACAAUUUAGGUUUUUGUGUGUUGAUAUAACUUUCCUUUAAAUGGCUGCGAUACCACAUGUAAAAAACAAUCAAAGCGCAUGCACAUAAUAAGCGGUUACAUUCCACUAAACUAGUUGCAGCAAAGACAUUCACACUGACUGGUUCUGUAAAAAUGUAGUAGCCUAAGAAUUUAUUGUUAAGAAUUGUGUUGAUGUUUGUUUAGUUUUAAUUGUUUGAUAUGGGGUUCUAGUAUAAUAAAUUAAAUAAUUUGAACAGGUUAGCUGUGAUUUUCCUGCAUUGUCUUUUUUAUGUCCAAAGGAAAUGUCCAAAGGAAAUGUAUUGUGUAUAUUAAGAUAAAUAAUUUAAAGAACAUACUUAGAAAACUAACAAAUUACAUCUCUAUUGUAAGACAGUUAAAUCUCCUUAAAAUAUGUUGGUCGCUGCUGUUCAUGUGAUUAGAUAACACUGCAAGCCUUAUUUAACUGGAAAAAUGGUUAUCAUGCAGAUACAUGCAGGUUGAGCUUCUUUAAAAUAUUCACCAUAUUUAAGGGACGUGUUCACAAAAUGUCACAAUUACAAUUUUCCAUCUUUUUGUCCCAGAUCCAAAACUAAAUGAAUACUGUGCUUCAAGGAGACAAUUACAGUAAUGAGGUAGACUCAUAGUGAAAAUACUGUUUGUUAUUUAAAUGCUAGGUUAAUGUGUAACCCAAUGUUUAUACACACACACAUUACUUGAUUGAUAGUGUUGCACUUUAUCAUGAUUCAAGAAACACAAUUCUAUUUUGAGAUUAUUUUAUCUUUGCACUUGAAUAUGUUUUAUUAAAAUUGUUUUGUUAUACAGGUAUCAAUUCAACAUCCAUUUUCUUUGUUUUCUUCACAUUUAUUGUAUUACGUCAACCAGAAAAAUAAAAAUACAACUAUCUAUAUUUAAACAAGAAAUAUAAAUAAAUCAGAUUA